AUGGACCCCGAAUGCGACCCUUCCUUGGGGGAUGCGGCGGCCGACAGCACGUUUAAGGUCAACAGGGACAGCGUGAUCAUUUCGCUCGCGCAGGCGCAUCGCUCGGCCCGGAGCUCGAACGUGGUCUACCAGGAGCCGCUGGAAACGGAUCGUGGGGAGUACUACGAUGAGUGGCUGCAGAAGUGCGUCGCGUGGAUCGCGUACACCCAUGGAAUCAGGCGCCUGGACUGCUACUCGAUAGAGUUCCUGGCGAACUUCGUUGCCAACGAGAUCCGGCGCAUCGGACGCAAGGCGGCGACGCUCAGCCGCACCAGGGGUUGCGACAGCAGCAACUUCGUCGAUGUGGUCAGCGCCCUGGAGUCCAUGAACCCCUCCCUCUACAACAUGAUCUUCAAGGAGAAGGUUGUGUCCGCCGCAAAGCAGCUGCCCAAGCAGGUGGUGGCGCUCUCGCACACCUCUUUCAUACAGCCGGCAGUUCUCGCGCAACCGAGCUCGCUCUAUUUCGAGUGCAUGGUGAACGCGUCAUCGCACCUGUCGGAGAUCAACACCCCUGGCGACUCCAUGGAGGGGGGCGUCGCGAGCGAGGAGCCUGUUUACAACAGCCUCUCGAAACCAUCCCAAGCUGCGCUCUCCGUGAACAAGGACGAGGCGGCUGUGGACCUGGAGUACUUCAUAACAAGCGCGGCGCGCGAUACCUACUCCCUCAAGUCGGACGAGGCGUAUCAGAAAAUCGUGGCGUCACGCCCUCGCUUCGCGCACAAGCACUUCCCCCUGCUGCCUGCGGCGUUCAAGCUCAACGACCCCGAGCCGAAUGAGUUGAACUACCGUGUCGACGCGCAGGGCAACCCGAAUGAACGGCUGGCACGGCAGAACGUGCUGCUCCAGAUGGAGCUGCCCCAGCUGCACAGAGUUCAGAUCCGCCCGGGUUUGCAGGAGAUGCGCGACGAAGCCGCGGCGGCGAAGAACAAGGACACAACGCCGAAGACCGCUGAGAAAACGGCAAGUGCCGAACCAAGCUUUAUAUGA